GAGUCACUAAUCAGUAGCGAAUUAAAAUCUGCUUUGUCAAUGUCGAUUGACGUGAACACUGCCGAUGAUCAUCACCAGCCCGCAGCAAUCUUAGGGGUCUCCCCUGGUCUCCCAGGUAUUCUUCAGGUAUCACUGCACGUCACUACCGUCUCACACAUCAAGAUGGCAGUAUUGAUUAUCACCACCGUAAUACAUGCGACAGUGCAGGAGGUAGAGUAUAAAGGUCGGUACGGUCAUCGACAAAGCAGUCUAAAACUACACAAACCAACCCUCUUACAAUAUGUCUGAACAACUCUUCAAGUCUUUUGCUAUCAUCGGCGCAGGCCCUAACACCGGAAUUCAUAUCGUGAAGGCUUUCCUUGCCAUUGGCGCCCCAAUUCUCGUCAUCGCACGGCCAGCUUCCACGAACGUCGCUGCGCUCCCUGCUGAUGAUCCAAACCUGACGGUUGUGCGCGCAGACUAUACGUCUGCAUCAGAGAUCUCCACAGUUCUUCGCGAGUAUAAAGUAGAUGUUCUCAUAUCGACUGUCACACUUGUUUUCGGCGGCGUAGUCGGCCAGACUGUUCUCGCCGACGCUGCCAAGGAGGCAGGUGUGAAGCUCUUCCUACCCAGCGAGUUCGGCAUCAAACCACAAUUAGCCAAAGGUGGCUUAGCUUUUCAAAAGACUGACUUCGCAGUUUAUGCAAAAUCAAUCGGACUACCAACUCUCCGCGUCUUCAACGGAUUGUUCUACGAAUUCGUCCCCUGGCUCACCGCGCUGGCUGAUACUGGCAAGUUCCAUAUCGUGAACAAAGGAGAAACGUCAGGGUCCUUCACUGCAGUAUCCGAUGUUGCAGGAUACGUGGCUCAUAUCCUUACCACUCAACCUCCAUCUCGUCUGCUUGAUGUUGAAAUUCAAAUCGAGGGCCAAAGGGCAACACUCUCAGAAAUUGGGGCCUUAUAUAAAGGCCGUGCACCUGUAGUAUACUGCGAUCACCUCCCUACGGAAGGCGUGGUAAACGCGCACUUCCGUACAUUCUUUCAGAAGCAUAUUGAGGCCGGGGGAGGAAGUUGCGGGUGGAAUCCUGUGACAGAGUCGGACGACGCGGAAUCAGCUAGCAGGGAUAACUCGCUUUGGGAGGGGCACCACUGGUUGACUGUUUCGGAGGCUCUUGCGUAGUAACUGGAUUUAGGUAGUCAACUCUGGAGUUUCUAUAUCAUGGGGCCCAUACAGUAUUUUCGCAAUUUAGAUGAAUAACGCAUUUCCCACUAG